UCGAAGGAAAAACGUCAUUAGUCCUAUUUCAUGGAAGAGGAUCUUCUGGCUCAGAAAAGGGGCAGUAAGCGGAGAACUCAACACCUGUUGAUGUCUCCUGUCUGCUGUUUACACAUCAUUUCAGAACACCCUGUAGGAAUAAAAGAUUCAGGAAUCGGAUUUCUGGGCUUGAAUCCUAUUCCCACCACAUGCUCUGGGAAACUAAAGUUGAGAAACGCAAAGCGACUUGCUCCAAGGUCGCGGGACUCGAAGAUGGAGGGACAGGAAUUCGAGCUAGUUAGCCUGCAGAACCAAGCCGCUGCCAUGGCCCAGACUCUGCAGAUGGAGAUCCCAAACUUUGGCAACAGCAUCCUUGAGUGCCUCAAUGAGCAGCGGCUGCAAGGCCUGUACUGUGAUGUAUCAGUGGUGGUCAAGGGCCAUGCCUUCAAAGCCCACCGGGCUGUGCUGGCCGCCAGCAGCUCCUACUUCCGGGACCUGUUCAAUAGCAGCAGGAGCGCGGUGGUAGAGCUGCCGGCAGCUGUGCAGCCACAGUCCUUCCAGCAGAUCCUCACAUUCUGCUACACAGGCCGGCUGAGCAUGAACAUGGGUGAUCAGUUCCUGCUCAUCUACACAGCUGGCUUCCUGCAGAUCCAGGAAAUCAUGGAGAAGGGCACUGAAUUCUUCCUUAAGGUGAGCUCCCCGAGCUGCGACUCCCAGGGCCUGCAUGCCGAGGAGGCCCCAUCGUCGGAGCCGCAGAGCCCCGUGGCGCAGACGUCGGGCUGGCCGGUCUGCAGCACGCCGCUGCCCCUGGUGUCUCGAGUCAAGACAGAGCAGCAGGAGUCGGACUCCGUACAGUGCACACCUGUGGCCAAGAGGCUGUGGGAUGGCAGCCAGAAAGAGGCUGGAGGUGGCAGCGGGGCCAAUGGCAGCCGCAAGAUGGCCAAGUUCUCUACACCAGACCUGGCCGCCAACCGGACGCCCCAGCCGACCCCGGUGGUCUCGGCCACAGUGGCAGCAGGGGGCAUGAUGAGUGGGCCUAGCACAUCGGAGCGGACCAGCCCAGGCACCUCAAGUGCCUACACCAGUGACAGCCCUGGCUCCUACCACAAUGAGGAGGAUGAGGAGGAGGACGCAGGCGAGGAGGGUACGGAUGAGCAGUACCGGCAGAUCUGCAACAUGUACACCAUGUACAGCAUGAUGAAUGUUGGCCAGACAGCUGAGAAGGUGGAGGCCCUCCCUGAGCAGGUGGCCCCUGAGUCCCGCAGCCGCAUCAGGGUGCGACAAGACCUGGCGUCUCUUCCUGCUGAGCUCAUCAACCAGAUUGGCAACCGCUGCCACCCCAAGCUCUACGAUGAGGGGGACCCCUCGGAGAAGUUAGAGCUGGUGACAGGCACCAAUGUGUACAUCACAAGGGCACAGCUUAUGAACUGCCACGUCAGUGCAGGCACGCGGCAUAAGGUCUUGCUGCGGAGGCUUCUGGCCUCCUUCUUUGACCGGAACACACUGGCCAACAGCUGUGGCACUGGCAUCCGGUCCUCCACCAAUGACCCCCGACGCAAACCACUGGACAGCCGGGUCCUCCAUGCCGUCAAGUACUACUGCCAGAACUUUGCCCCCAACUUCAAGGAGAGUGAGAUGAAUGCCAUCGCAGCUGACAUGUGCACCAAUGCCCGCCGUGUGGUGCGCAAGAGCUGGAUGCCCAAGGCCAAGCCACCUCUGACGGAGGGGGAUGCCUACACCUCCUUCAUCAGCGACACGGGCAAGAUGGAGCCGGACAUGAUGGGCAUGGAGCACAGCUUCGAGACGGCCAGCCAUGAUGGCGAGGCCGGCCCCUCGGCAGAGGUCCUCCAGUAAUGCACAGGACCCUCCCCGCGGGCUGUCACACUCCCCUCCCAUCACACACCCACCACCAUCUUGGUCACGAGCUACUGUCUACCCCUCCCCAUGACCCGCGGGGGGCGCUGCAUGCUCCCGGCCCCUCUGCCUCCUGUCCCACCCCUUCCCCACUGGAGCCAGGUGGAGAGGGCGGGCUGCCUGGGAUGCGUGUGCAGUCGGGAGCCCUGUUCCCCUAAUAGCCCUCUGGUCAUUCCAGCUCCCAGGCUCGGCUUGGGGAGGGGCCGGCCUGGGGGGCCCUGGGGACUUGGGGUGCCCAGGUGCUCUCAGGACCCACCUACCACCUCCCAGUGCUUCCACAUCUCCAAAGCGCCUUCCUGUCUGUGUCCCUCGUCUGUCCCUGUGCCGGGGGCUGGGUAGGCGAGGCCGGGGGACUCCACUGCACAGCUAGGGAACAGGUUCAGGUGACUCCCAGAGCAACUCCACAGCCGAUGGUCAGAAGGUGGCCAAGGUGGCCCAUACCCCUCUCCUGGCCCUUUGCUCUGGUCUCUGUCACCCCUUGGGCCCCCUGGGGUCCAAGUGAGGCUGGUCCUGAGUGAGGGGGCCUCUUGGGGAGUGAUGGGGGUCUCAGAGGUCAGGAGGAUGGGGUCCUGGGCUCACAGCAGAGCAUGUGGGUGUGCGCGUGUGCAUGUGUAGGUUUGCUUUCAGAACAGAUGGAGGUAGAAGAGGCAGAAAGACCAGGGUUGGAACUGGGGGAGCCGGCUGAGGGUUGCCCUCCCCCAUCACCACCCCGCCCCACGGCAGGGCUCCCAGCCCCUCACCCACUGUACAUACUUUUUAAGAAUUUUUUUAGCGAAUGAAAUACUGAAGUAUAAGAUUUCCUUUUAUUUUUCAAACCAACGGGACUGUGUCUGAGGUCCCCCUGGGUCCCAGGGGCCCCGUGGAAGGCAGGACAGGUGGGCAGGCUGAAUGCGUGCAUGGUUGGAAUGUGGGUGCCUGGGCUCCAGGGGUCCAGCCAGCCCCUCCUCCUCCCUACCCCAGGGCUGUCAUUUUUUUUGGGUGUCCUAGGCCUUGGCUGACAGCUGAGCCUGGGGGGCGGGCAGAGCAGGGCCCACGUCCAUUGUUAGUGGUUAUUUGUGGAAUUUUUCUCUCACCAUUCCUUUUCGUUGCCCAGAUUGCGUGGUUGUGGUUUUGUUGUGAGUUACAGGUGUGAAUGGAGGGUACCCCCCAGUCAUUUCUCCAUUGCACAUCUUGCUCCACCCUGUGCUCCCUGCCUCCUCCCCUCCCCAAGCUCCUGCCCCUGGCUCCCAGCUUCCUCUUCCCAGGCAGGGAUGGGAUAAGGUAAGGGGUCAGCAGGGCCUGGGGGUGGAGUGAGGCAGCUGGACUGGACCUUGGGAAUCACAGUUGGAGACCUGUCCCCAGCCCAGCCUGCUGGGCUCCCUCCUGACAUCUGCUUGUUGCAGGGUGGGGGUGUCGGGCCUGCUUCCUGGGCCCACCCCAGCACCUUAGCCCUGGUGGUCCAGUGUGGGAGGGGGAGUCGACACCCCCAGCUAAAGCACAAGCACCUUAGUCGCACUCCCCCUCCCUCCCCCACCCACCACAGCGCUGAUCCCAAAGCACAAAGUCCUGGUCACUUGGAGAGCAGCUGGCCCCGAGGGGCCCUAGCCAGACCCCAGAAGGAAGUAGGUGGUCCCAAGAGGCCCUCCCUGCCCUUUCUCUAGCAGGACACCCUGCAGAGCUGGGUGAGUGGCAGAGCCUGUGGGUUUUAGGGACCCCAGGAGGUGUUCCUGACUCCCUGGGUGAAGUGGGGGAGGGCAAGGGGUGCAGGGGAGGAGACUCCUCACUAGGAGAGCCAAAGACAGGGUUGUGCCUUACCCGGGAGCCACCCCUGCACCCCUCCUGCCCCACCAGGCAGCCAACUGCCUCUGUCCUGUCCUCUGUCCCCUGCCCACCCUCCCUGCCCUCCUCUGAGCUGCAUGGUCCCCCCCACCCUGGGCAGCCCAGAGGAACAGGAACGGAAAACAUCUCCUAGAAAAGCAAAGGACUCUAGGGCCCUCUCCCCGACUCCACUGGCCGCCCACAUCCCUCUCAGGGGACAGGUCACUCCCCCAAUCCCUGUGAAGUGCCAACGCCCUCCCCACCCCGGGCCGCACCCCCCACCCCUCCCUGGCCCGAAGUGAGAUUGCACAUUAACUACUGUAAGGAGAGGAGUGGCGUUAGGAAAUGUGAACCUGAUACUGAUGCUGAUGCGGAGAAUAAACAGACGCCUUUGUAACAGC